CACAGAAACGGAGCGUAUGCGUCUCAGUCGACAAGCCGAGAGGGGAGAAGCGAGAGUGGCUCACGUUGAUGUGCUGGUAACCGGUAUUUUGCUGCUCUUGGGAAUGAGCUGAAGAUUUUUUUAUUCAUGACUGCGGCUCACCGUGAAUAGUUUUAGGCGUGUUUAUAUGACGUUUUGACGUCUAAAUGACACUGCUGUAGGUCCUCGCUCCUGACACCGGUUCGGCUAAAACUUAGCGGGUUUCAGUGAAGUAACGUUAGCAUAGCAUAUAGCAUAGUGUGUGUGUGCGCGCCGCACCGGACACUGAUAGCUAUAACUUGCUAAUUUGCGUCUUAAUUAUCGACUUCCUUAACUACUGUACUCUACUUCUUGCUCGUGUAUUCAAUUUAGUUCCUUCGCUGAGAAUUAAAAGAAGAGUAAUAGCUAUAAGUGUGUGUUUUUGCUUAAAAAAAAAAAAAAAACGCCGGCCGACCAUUAUGGAGAACGCUCACACCAAAACGGUGGAAGAGGUUUACAGCUAUUUCAGCGUGAAUGAAAGCACCGGACUCGGCCUCGAUCAGGUGAAACGACAGCGAGAGAAUUGGGGACCAAACGAACUGCCAGCAGAAGAAGGUAAAUCCUUGUGGGUGUUGGUGAUCGAGCAGUUCGAGGAUCUCUUAGUCAGGAUUCUUCUUCUAGCAGCGUGUAUAUCAUUUGUACUGGCCUGGUUUGAAGAGGGAGAAGAGACCAUUACGGCUUUUGUGGAGCCUUUUGUAAUACUGUUAAUUCUUAUAGCCAACGCCAUCGUAGGGGUCUGGCAGGAGCGAAAUGCAGAAAAUGCCAUCGAGGCCCUCAAGGAAUACGAGCCCGAGAUGGGAAAAGUGUAUCGGCAGGACAGGAAGAGCGUGCAGAGGAUCAAAGCCAGAGACAUUGUUCCUGGAGAUAUUGUAGAAGUGGCCGUGGGUGACAAAGUUCCUGCCGAUAUCCGCCUAACAUCUAUCAAAUCCACCACACUACGAGUGGACCAAUCCAUUCUGACAGGAGAGUCUGUAUCAGUCAUUAAACACACAGACCCAGUCCCUGACCCACGGGCUGUAAACCAGGACAAGAAGAACAUGCUGUUCUCUGGCACUAACAUUGCCGCUGGUAAGGCUGUGGGUGUCGUGGUGGCCACGGGCGUGUACACAGAAAUCGGCAAGAUCCGUGACGAAAUGGCCUCCACGGAGCAAGAACGCACACCGCUGCAGCAAAAGCUGGACGAGUUCGGAGAGCAGCUCUCCAAAGUCAUCUCUCUCAUCUGCAUCGCCGUGUGGAUCAUAAACAUCGGUCACUUUAACGACCCGGUGCAUGGUGGCUCCUGGAUCCGUGGUGCUGUCUACUACUUUAAGAUCGCUGUGGCGCUGGCCGUAGCCGCCAUCCCUGAAGGGCUUCCCGCCGUCAUUACCACUUGCCUUGCGCUGGGCACGCGCCGCAUGGCCAAGAAGAACGCCAUUGUGCGUUCGCUGCCUUCCGUGGAGACGCUGGGCUGCACGUCGGUUAUUUGCUCAGACAAGACUGGCACCCUGACCACCAACCAGAUGUCCGUAUGCAGGAUGUUCAUCAUCGACCAGGUGCAGGGCGACAGCUGCUCUCUCAAAGAGUUCACCAUUACUGGUUCUACAUACGCUCCUGAAGGACAAGUGUUCCAGGACGGGAAACCGGUGAAAUGCUCCAAGUAUGACGCUCUGGUUGAGAUGGCCACAAUCUGUGCCCUGUGCAAUGACUCCUCUUUGGACUAUAACGAGGCGAAAGGAGUGUAUGAGAAGGUCGGAGAAGCGACUGAAACGGCUCUCACAUGCCUGGUGGAGAAGAUGAACGUGUUCGACAAUGAUCUCAAAACCCUUCCCAAGAUUGAACGGGCCAACGCUUGCAACUCUGUUAUUAAGCAGCUGAUGAAGAAAGAAUUCACACUGGAGUUCUCACGGGACAGGAAGUCCAUGUCUGUGUACUGCACCCCCAACAAGGGGCGCUCCGCACUCGGCAAGAUGUUCGUCAAGGGUGCUCCAGAGGGAGUUAUUGACAGGUGUACACACAUCCGUGUGGGCAGUAAUAAGGUCCCCCUGACGCCAGGCAUCAAAGAGAAGAUCCUGUCGGUGAUCCGUGAGUACGGGACAGGACGGGACACGCUGCGUUGCCUGGCCUUGGCCACACGGGACAAUCCGAUCAGCAAAGAGGAGUUUCGGCUGGAGGAUUCAUCUCGCUUUGUCGAGUACGAGACUGAUCUGACGUUCGUGGGUUGCGUGGGCAUGCUGGACCCUCCCAGGGCCGAGGUGGCCGCCUCAGUCAAGCUGUGCCGCCUGGCAGGUAUCCGGGUCAUCAUGAUCACCGGCGACAACAAGGGCACAGCCGUGGCUAUCUGCAGGCGCGUCGGUAUCUUCAAAGAGAACGAGGACGUCUCGCGCAUGGCAUUCACAGGCCGCGAGUUCGACGACCUGUCGCCUUCAACUCAGCGUGAAGCUGUACUCAGCGCCCGCUGCUUUGCGCGCGUCGAGCCUUCGCAUAAAUCUAAGAUUGUGGAGUACUUACAGUCCUAUGAUGAGAUCACAGCCAUGACUGGUGAUGGUGUAAACGAUGCCCCUGCACUGAAGAAGGCAGAGAUAGGCAUAGCGAUGGGCUCAGGCACAGCUGUGGCAAAGACAGCCUCUGAGAUGGUGCUGGCUGAUGAUAACUUUGCUACCAUCGUAGCAGCCGUAGAGGAGGGGCGAGCCAUCUACAACAACAUGAAGCAGUUUAUCCGCUACCUCAUUUCCUCCAACGUAGGAGAGGUGGUCUGCAUUUUCCUGACUGCGGCUUUGGGAUUCCCUGAGGCUCUGAUCCCGGUGCAGUUGCUGUGGGUUAACCUGGUGACAGACGGUCUCCCUGCUACAGCCCUUGGCUUCAACCCUCCCGAUUUGGACAUCAUGAGUAAACCCCCGCGCAACGCCAAGGAACCCCUCAUCUCCGGCUGGCUCUUCUUCCGAUACCUGACUAUUGGCUGCUACGUCGGUGCCGCCACAGUUGGAGCUGCUGCUUGGUGGUUUAUUGCUGCUGAAGACGGACCAAGAGUCAGCUUGUACCACCUGAGUCACUUCCUCCAAUGUGGACCGGAGAACCCAGAGUUUGCGGGCAUUAAUUGUGAGGUAUUCGAGUCGCCUUACCCCAUGACCAUGGCACUGUCUGUGCUCGUCACCAUCGAGAUGUGCAAUGCCCUCAACAGUGUGUCUGAAAACCAGUCUCUGCUGCGCAUGCCCCCGUGGGAGAACGUAUGGCUGCUGGGAGCUAUCUGCCUCUCCAUGUCCCUCCACUUCCUCAUCCUCUACGUGGAGCCUCUGCCGAUGAUCUUUCAGAUCACGCCGCUGAACAUGACCCAGUGGCUGAUGGUGCUGAAGAUCUCGCUGCCCGUCAUCCUACUGGACGAGGUGCUGAAAUUCGCAGCCAGGAAUUACCUCGAACCCGGUAAAGAUUUGGACUCACCCUCGGAAAAGUCGUGCUCGCUCAGCACCUGCACCGAGGGCAUCUCCUGGCCGUUCGUGGCUCUCUCACUCCCCCUGGUGCUCUGGAUCUACAGCAUCGACACUAACCUGGCUGAAAUGUUCUGGUCCUGACUCAUUUGAGCACAGAAACACAACCCUCUCCCCACCUCUUCCCUUCACUCAGUGUGUAGAUAGAAAGAAUGUGUGUGUGUAUGUAUGUAUGUGUGUGUGUGAAGUGUACCUGUGCACCAGUGAAUGUGCACGAGGAGGACCGCGUUAACACGAACAUAACAAUAAUAUAAUAAAUGUAACAAAGUUCUUUUUAAAAACCAUGUCUAGCGGGUAUGGAGGGGACCACAUAGAGCUGAAUUCUUUAAGUAUUAAUGAUCAUUAUUAUCAUUAUUAUUAUUCCCACAUCUGUGGAUGUUCUGCUGGUUUGGUCUUAACACAGUUUAUUUUGUCUUAUUAUUAUUAUUAUUAUUAUUAUUUUUUUUUUUUAGUUUAAGAAUUUGCAUUUCAAACAAAGUAGAAAUACUAAAUUCAUUGUUUUGAUUUUUUUUUUGUGUCCUCCCUUUCAGUGCAUGAAGAAAAGCUCUACGAUGCGUACCAAGUUUGAACACUAUUUUAUUUUAUAACUCUGUUUGUUUUUUUUGUCCGUAUUAAAAGGAAUCCACUGAGGUGACUUAACGAGGGGUUAAGUUUAGGCAGCCGAUUAACUUUUUUUCUUUUUUUCUCGACAACCCACCCUCCGCCCCAUAACACACACAGGCGAAUCAUUUUCAUUUUAGAGAGUAAGGAUGCAUUUGAAAUAAAAUGGAUUCAGGUUUUUUGUCAAAAUGCAGAAAUCUGUCAAAAGAAAAAAAAAAAAAAACGCUAUGUACAAGAACAGAAUGCAUUUUCAGCAUCCUACACAGCUGCCUAAACAUAGCCAGGUGAGACUAAGAAAGCUGUUUACAUUUCUUUAUCAUGUCCAGUGUGAAUGUUCGACUUGUUCAGAGUGGGGGCACAAGAGCAUAGGAUGGGCGGGUCCGGAGUCAACGCAUCGACAAAAUCAGAUCCUGCUGCAUGUUGUGUAUCCUGCAUGCAUUACGUGUGGGUUUUCAUUUAUUUGUCUGUAUUCCCCUUUGUAUUAUAACCUCCAUUUUGGUGUUGUCCUCAUCAUUAUUUUUAUUUUUUUUAAAUACCUUAAUUAUUAAAGCCAGUUUUUCUGCACUGGGCAGAGCACAGCUACCUCAAUACAGUCUGAUUAGUUUCUCGCCUCACUGAGCUUUACACAUCUUGUGUAUGACCCUGUUGCUAUGAGGAGGUGUGCCCCUCUUGGCUUGUGCAGAAAAAAAAAUCAAAUCAUCGUGUCCCUGAUUAUUAUUAUUAUUUUUUUUUUCCAUUUUUUGUUUUUGUUUUAAGGAUGUAUUUUCUUUUGUAUUUUAUAAUUGAUUUGACUUGUAUUAACUUAAUUUAGAAGUGUUUGAGGCAGGGUGGGGUGGGUGAGUCAUGGCUGUAAAUGUUGCCAUCUACGGCGUAAGGGUCGGAGACGAAAAACUGUUAACGUGAUCGGUUUAGUAAAUAAUCGUACCUUUAGACCAUGGAUUUUAUGAUGCAAAACCAAAAUGUUUCACUCUCCCCUUUUUUUUCUACUUCAAGAAAAUACAUUCAUGGACCAUUUGAAUUAAAACAAAAAAAGAAAGUG